CAUUAUGUCUAUCAACUUUUUGCAAGAACAUUUUGCAAUAUAAAGCGAUUAUAUUAUAAGUUCAAGCCAGUGGCUUGCUAAGCAAAGUGCAGAACAGACCAUAAAGAUGAAGUUUGCCGUCUUUCUUUGCGUCCUAGCUUUGCUGGUCAUUGCAGAAGGGCGCCGGAAAAAACAUCACCAUAAAAAAUUCCCAUGGUUUGCGGGAUAUCGUCCGGGCUACUACCGUUUUGGUUAUAACAGGGGACUCCUAAGCAAUGGAUAUCUAGGAGGUGGAGGUGGUGGCGGUGGCAUUUACUCCUACGAUCCCUAUAUCGGCGAUAUAGCAGGCGGUGGUGGACUUGCUGGUAGCGCUGGACUUGCAGGUGGUAUUGGAUUUUCAGGCGGCGAUGGAUUUGCUGGCGGCAUUGGACUUUCAGGCGGCAAUGGUUUUACGGGCGGCUUUGGAUAUUCAGGCGGCGCUGGACUUUCAGGUGGUGGUAUGUCCUAUAGUGGAGGAGAUGAUGGAUUUGGAGGCGUUGAUGGUGGUUACUCUGGAUAUUCCUUUGGUGGAGACAUUGGUGGAAUAGGUAGUGGUUUAGCUGGUGGAGCCGCCGGAGGUUUGAUUGGUGGAGCCGGUGGUAUUGGAGGUCGUAGUUACAUGGGUAGAAGGACAUUCACACAUUGGCAGUACAACAGGUGCAAAUGUCAGAAGAAAUGUCCAUGGAAUAAGAGAUACAUCGGAAGAUGUAACCUUUGCAAAAAAUGCAAAAGACUUGUAAUGUGUUGCAUGUUUGCAAGACCCAAAUGGGGUUCAUGGAAUGGAUAAAUAUACUGACUAGUUGAUAUUCCACAACAAAGAAUACGAAAACCCGACAUGGAAACCCGACUUGAACUUGACAUGUAAAUAAUUGCAAAACAAUAAAAGCUUUACAUUGCAAGUUAAA